AUGGAAGCAAGAGCAUCAAAAGCUGCCCUGAUCAAUAUUGUCUCUAGUUAUAAGCUCAGAAUUCCCUUCGAUGGCGGGCUGCGCUGCCUGUGCUGGAAGAUACUCCUGAACUACCUCCCUUUAGAGAAAGCCUUAUGGAGCUCUUUGCUGAAGAAGCAGAGGGAUCUGUAUUCCCAGUUCCUAAAGGAAAUGAUUAUCCAGCCUGGGAUUGCCAAAGCCAACCUAGGUGUUUCGAGGGAAGAUGUGACCUUAGAAGAUCAUCCUCUCAAUCCAAACCCAGACAGCCGAUGGAACACUUACUUCAAGGAUAAUGAAGUGCUUCUCCAGAUAGACAAAGAUGUCAGGAGGCUGUACCCUGACAUGGCAUUCUUCCAGCGCCCAACGGACUACCCCUGCCUUUUAAUCCUGGAUCCCCAAAAUGAGUUUGAGACGCUGCGCAAGCGGGUGGAGCAGACCACGCUCAAGUCACAGACGGUGGCACGAAACCGCAGCGGGGUUACAAAUCAAGAGCAGAACAUCAAACCCCAGUUCUUUGCCUUCCGCUGGCUGACGCUGCUCUUGUCCCAAGAGUUCCUGCUGCCAGACGUCAUCCGGAUCUGGGACUCCCUCUUUGCUGAUGAUAAGCGCUUUGACUUUCUUCUGCUCGUCUGUUGUGCCAUGUUGACACUAAUCCGGGAUCAGUUGCUGGAAGGAGACUUCACUCUGAACAUGAGGCUGCUGCAGGAUUAUCCUAUCUCUGAUGUUCAUCUUAUUUUGAAGAAGGCAAAGGAACUUCAAGAUUCCAAAUAG